GUAAAAAAUUUCCCAAACGAAGAGAACUAAUAUCGCCUAGAAAGCGUGUACAAGCAGGGAUUUGAAACUUCCCAGUUAAAGACCAAUGCACUAGACCACCAUGGUGUUUGAGCUACUAUCGGAUGUUGGAACCACCACAUGGCUGGCCGUCUUAUUCGUCUUGGUCCUGUCCUGGUACUGGACGGCCAGCCAAUCAAAAAACCUCCCACCGUCACCUGGGAUAGCUUUACCUUUCAUCGGACACAUGUAUCUGCUGGAGAAGAAUCCCAGAAAACAGUUCGAACGGUGGGUCAAGCGGUUCGGUCCGGCGUUCAGCUUGAGGUUUGGGAUGAACCAGGUCGUGGUGCUCAACACGUACGACGUGCUGAAAGAGGCGCUGGUCAAGCAAGGUGACCACUUCUCUGACCGGCCAACGAACGGCUUUGCCGCGGCAAACAUACCCGACCAUACCAAGGGUGUUAUUUUUUCAUCCGGCGCCAACUGGAAAGAACAGAGAACCGCAUCACUUGCCAUUUUGAGAACCUUCGGCAUGGGGAAAAAUAUUUUGGCUGAGAAGAUCUCUGUGGAGGUUUCUAAAUACAUUGAAGCACUUUCUGAAAGUGGAGGAAAACCUACAGACAUCAGGACUCUGACCAACGUCAGCGUCUCGAAUAUAAUUUGUUCAAUAAUUUUUGGCAAGAGGUAUGAGUUCGAUGAUCCAAAGUUCAUUGAACUGAUAAAUGCCUUAAAUCUAACAGUAAGUUCUGUUUCGGGUACAUCGCUACUUCAUUUUAUACCAGCAUUAAGGCUUUUGCCGUUUGACCCUUUGAAAUCGAAGCAGCUGAUUGCUAACUUAAGUGCAACUCAAAUUUUCGCGCAGAAAAUGAUUGAUGAAAUUAAACACGACUCAACCAACAGUGAAAAUUUCAUCGCCGCUUAUAUUAGCGAAAUGAAAGAUAAAGAAAAGCGUGGUGAAUCCACUUUACUGGACGAGACUAAUUUAGCUCGAGUUAUUGACAACCUGUUUGCCGCAGGUACGGAGACAACCAGCACCACCAUCUUGUGGAGCUUGUUGUUUGUGCUCCAUAAUCCAGAAGUUCAGAAAAAAAUCUACCAGGAGAUUUUAGAACAAGUCGGAGUGAACCGCGCUCCGACUAUACAAGAUAGACCGAAACUAAAAUACCUAACAGCGUUUAUCAUGGAAACACAACGUAUUGCCAGUAUUGUGCCAUAUAGUCUCAUCCACUUCUGCAAUCAAGAUGCAACUGUAGCCGGAUACACAAUCCCCAAGGGGACGCAAAUCUUGCCUAACCUGGACGCCGUCCUGAUGGAUGAAAAAAUCUGGGGCGACCCACGUAACUUCCGUCCAGAGCGUUUUCUUGACGAACAAGGAAACAUCAAAAACAGAGAGGAACUCAUUCCUUUCUCCAUCGGUCGGCGAAUCUGUUUAGGCGAAUCUUUAGCCAAGAUGGAACUUUUUCUGUACUUAUCUUCCUUGUUCCAGCGAUUUGAAAUCCUUCCAGCUAAAGAUAACUCCAUCCCACCGAUGAAAGAAACAUUUGGCGUGGUUGUCUCCCCUCCACCUUAUGAAAUCCGCUGCGUAGAAAGACAAGCCGACGUGAAAAAAUAAAUAUUUGACUACCUAAAUCAUAAAAAAAAUUAUGAACUGUAAAACUGAACUGUUAUAUAAAUGCCAAACAGACAUUUUUUUAGAAAAUUCUGUCCCCAAGGAAUACGCAAAAAAAACCCAACAAAACAACGGUUGACCAAGUAACAUUAAGGACAUAAAGGCUAAAACAACAAAGAUGGACUUCACCAGGAGUCUAAUUGAGAAGAUGGCACAAGACAAAAAACUCUGGGAGAUGUUUGUUUGCAGCACAUACCCCUGCACUGGUGACGGGCAGGGAUAUGUUGUUUUGUUAAAGUUAAUAUGUGGUUUUGUUUUUAUUUUUAGAACAUUGUUUGGUCUAUAAAAACUGUACCCUACCAUCACAAUACAAAGAUAUUUAAAGUGUAAACAUUUUUUAGAAGACUGCUUAUUAGCUAUACACCCUAUGAAACAACAAUACUAUACAAAGAUACUUUUUAAAGAGAACGAAAUCAUAUACACGGAAAGCAUAGAACAAUCUUAAAAUAGGAACAAUACUUAGAGGCAAGUAGUCUGUGAAAUAAUACUAUUUCGUAUUAUAUACGUUGUCAACGAUCAAUAUAUAUCCACUAUAGAGACAUAGAGAUAUUUAUCAAUAAAAAAUUACUUAAACAUCACCACACUCUCAAUAAUUAGCUGAUGUAAAAUAAUAUUAUGUAAAUUCUACUUACACAACACUCAUGUAUUUAUCCAUGGAAAUAGCAAUAUUUGAUAAAAAGUAAUUUUCCUUUCUUUUUUUUACAUCUGAUUACUAAUAUUUAAAAUGCGAGAAGAUAUUUUCUUCUCUGUUUUUUGUGGGGGGUUAUGAGAGUUUCAAAGUAAUGUAUGUCUACGUGGUAAAAUUUGUAGCCAGGAAAGUUAACUUUGUAAUGUCCUUGUCUGUGUUAACUGGGUCAAUCACCGACAGUCUUUUGUAUUGUAAAGUUAUUAAGUUUACUUAUUUAUACUAUUUUUUUUCAAAAUAUAUUCGCUAUAAAAAACUAUU